CGUCCUUCGAUGUAGUCCGGGAGGUAGUGGAAUCGGUGCAACAUGCCAGCACCCAUGAGCGAGCUGUCACGUCUCUGACGACUCGUCAAGAACGCACAUCUGCAAUGGGGAUGGGUGAGGAAGUCGAAGAAGUUGUUGAAACAGUAAACUUUGAAGACUUCUGUGAAGUUCUGCCUUCUUUAGAGGGCGAAAAUCUGUUCCGUGCUGCCUUCCUGGGUUGUUACCCCGAUGCUUCUGGUUUCUUCUCCGUCGGCACUCCAGUGUCGGAACAGCCAAGUGAGUUGCAAUAUCAUUUUGAUAUUGAUUCUGCUCACUUGGUUGGUGAACAUAUCCCUUCCAUUGGUCCGUUGGCUUUGUUUACGCUGGCCAACUUCUCCUUCACGUUACAGAAGCCCAAUCACUUUGGCGUUCCCGUUGCUAGCCUACACGAAACUGUAGAGCUGUGCAAAAUUCCCAACUUCCGCUUGGGUGAAUUUGGCUUCAACGGGCGUUGGAAGGUCAGCAUUUUUUUCCCUUUGCUCGGUGGUUCUGCCACCAUGCUGCCUUCACAAGUGGCUACCUUCGUCGACUGCGUUCUUUUGCCCGCGAUUGAAUUGGCAUCUCCUUUUGAGUGUCAAAACUUUGGCCUCGAUUAUCAAGCUGAAUCAGAACGCCUAAGAGAUGCAAACGGCCGAAUUGUAGCCAAGCCAGCCAUGCUCGAUACCAUGAGUGUACCUGCUUUCAUUGAGGGUAUGCGUGCACUGGUUGCUGAAAGCCAGAGUCUGAAAGCACUUUUUGGAGACUUUUUUUUUGACACCUGGUGUAUGGGCAUCAAAGCCCCAUUCAGGGAGUCUCCUCAGACCUCCCUUACUGAUAUCAACUGGGAAUUGGUCAAUCUAAAUACCUCCUACAUCGAUGUGGGUGCAGAAGUCCUGCCGGUUUCCGAUGAAUUUUUGGUCGGUGUACCGACAAACAGCUCACAUGAAGAGCUUAUUAACCAGCUAUUCGGUCCCUUGGGUUCGUCUGCUUAUCAGUACAGGUACGAUCAAUUUUCGCAUUUGCGAGGCGUGGGUGGUUUUGCGCUGUACCUGAAAGAUAAUACACCAACCAAUGACUUCGGGGCCGUCUACGCACAGGCGUACAGCAAAGUAAAAGUCCCUUUUUACAACUUUGCUGCAAAUAAGGACCGAAGUGGUAUUGCCAUGUCUCCUUCCCAAAUUUUCUCAAAUUCUUUCCCAGGUUUUAAAACCUUUAUAAAUGCAACAAUGGCAGCUCUGCCAAAUAAAUCUUUUGGUGUCCGUUCAGAAGUGCGUGUCAACCUCUUCAGCUUUAUUGACACCCAAGAUAUCGUACUAUUUAUUAUGCGGUAUGCAACCAUAUUAUAUUUUGAUUUGUGAAUUUGAUUAUUUUGACAGCCUUUACAGACAUUACCUUGAAAGCGACGGCAACAUCUGCUGGUUCAGAUCGUCCAAUAUCGCUUCUCUUUGGUCUGGUUUGUUUGGUGGCCUUUCCUGGGCUGCGGACCAUCUUGAGCCCUCAGAUGGUUCCAGCCGACAAUCCUAUAUGCGACGGGCAUCUCUCGCUUGCCUUUUGGCUGUCCACGUCUCUGGUUGGUUUGCUCGUCCUGAUGACAACCACCGAGGCUGGAAGCAAGCCUACGAGACCUUUGCUCUGAGUAGGGAUAUGCAGUCAGCCUUUUUCCUAUUUAAUAGGAAAUUGGUUUUGACUGUAUUGAACUAUGUCACGACGCGACAAUGCCUUCCUGAAGGCAUUGUUGAAAUGUUGUUGGGUGUGUCAUUUAGACCCCCACAAGGUUCGCGGACAGUUCCUGCCCAAAUGUUGGCCAGGAAUCGAAGAAUUCAGGUCGACCUCCCCGUGCGAACUU